CUGCUGCGAGCGUGCCCGGGCCAUGGUCGCCUGCUUGCUCGCUCGCUGCUGCGGAGCACGAACGCACCGAGCGGCGAGAGAGAGAGAGAGAGAGAGAGAGAGAGAGAGGUCGCAGCUCCGUGCCUUUCUGUCACUCGGACAACUCGGCGACUGUUUGCCGCUGUGAAGCGCAUCGCGAGCGAGAAGUCUUUUUGGGAAUUGCGAAGGCCCGGGGCCGAGUUGGCAACGUGGAGGGAGGCAGGGAGGGAGGGAGGGAGGCGUCGAAUUGCCGGCAGAAUUGCGAGUGGCGAGUGGGACGGAUUUUGAGGCGAGGCGAGGAGAGGCGGGGAGGGCGGGGAAGGCCAGGCCAGGCAAGGCAAGGCAAGGGCAGCGACGGGCAAUUGCGCUCUGCGGUGGAUUGUUCUCGCGUUGGCGGGCGUGUGCCCGGCCCGAGCUCGUUCCGCGGGGCCGGAUGGUCGAUCGAAUGCGUGUGUACAGCAGCGCACGUCUGCGCAGUUUGUGCCGCGAGAGUGCGCGUGAGUGAGCGAGCGAGCGCCUGUGCGCUUGAUGCUGAUCCCGCGGACUGCCUGCAUGGGGCGGGUAGUGUGGUGGCGUCAGCUACUGUGCAGUGUGGGGUUUUCGCUUGUUCCGCGCUCCAGCGAUGCCGUCGCUGUGAUUUCCUGCUUCGGAUGAUGCUGCGCUCUGCGUUGUGGCAUCGUGACUUAUGGCUGCUCGCACUUCGUGGAGCGGAUCCUGUGAUCUGAGAAGUCGAAAUCUUUGUGCAUUUCCCCGCCGCGCACUGUAGCUUGAAUUUUAACUUACCUUCGACUCGCCCAAUUGCCCCUCCCUGCCCUCGAUCCCGUGUCCAAUUUGGCAUGCCUGAAGUCCACUCCAUGUGGCCUUCGGAAUUUUCGUUCUGCGUAGUGGGCGAACGUUGGCAUGUCAAAGCGAUUCCCGUAAUAUUCUCUCCCCGUAGAUUAUUCUUAAAGCGCGCUGGCUCUGAAUCUAGAGGAACUAUAGAUCCCAAGUGAGGGAGAGAAAGGUGCAUGACUCUCCCUACAGUCUGCCCCUGGUGAAGAGUUUCUCGGUGGCUUACUGUUGCCUUCGGGCAAUGCAGCGGGCAAUGUGAUGGUGUAGCAAUUCUUGCAAUGAUAUCCGGUAGAAGGACACAUUGGAAAUGUGUAUCCUCGAGGUAGGCGUCUUUUUAAUGUCCACUUCUUUACUCUUACAAACGCAAUUGAAUACUUCGAUUCAGUCUUUGUUUGAUGUCAGUUCGGAGGACUAGAAGCUCCUUUCAUGUCCCUUCAGUAAUUGUCACACAAUGUCAUCAGCCGGGCUUCUCUUUUCAGUGUUCAAUAUGUUGAAAUUAGAAUGGAUUGAUCGCCGGACGGAAAAUCUCCAUGUCAAACAAAAAGUUCUUUCUCAAGCCAAAAUUCUUUGAAAGUUCUGUCCUCGGACGAUCUCUUAGUCGACAGUUUCUCCGAGGACGGUCUAUUAGUCGACAAUCUCCGAGACAGCCUCGUUUAUUCUCCUUUCUCUUCUUCGUCACAUGAAAUGGUCUUACCAACAUCAUCCCGCAAGGACUUUGCCUGAGGUAGAAGCUGGAUUAGCUGUCUAAGAGGCCGCAGAAUCCUUGCCAGGCUCAAUCUCCCCCUCACCAGAUUUAUGCUGAGCCCACGAGUUGGGAGAGUUUGGUGUGGAGAAGUCACAAGCUGGAUGGAAUGCAGCUUGUCCCUAACUUCGACACCACCACUAUUCUUGCGACAUGAUGAUGCGCACUAUUCGAGCUCCCGAGUCUAAGCAAGCCACCACUUUGCUGGUAGCGGUACGAUGCCGCCCUAUCACGCACAGAGAGAAGGACAAGUCGCGGGACAUCCUCCGCGUCGUAGAUGACAAGGUGGUGGUGGUACUAGAUCCGGAUACUCAGAAAGAGUACCUCGAUCGUGUACAGGGUCGGAGCAAAGAGAAGAAAUAUGCCUUCGACAUCGCGUUCGGUGCAUCCGCAACCAAUCAGGAUGUUUACCGUAUCACGGUGGGUUCUAUGGUUGAAGGAGUGGUUCGAGGUCUUAACGCCACUGUUUUUGCUUAUGGAGCCACGGGAAGCGGUAAAACGCAUACAAUGGCUGGGACACCAGAAGAUCCGGGUCUCAUGGUUCUCAGCUUGCAGGCUAUUUUUGGUUUGAUUGUCAAGCAAGAAGCUGAGCACGAAUUUGAUGUUACAUGUUCAUAUCUGGAGGUGUAUAACGAGGUAAUAUACGAUCUUCUAGAACCAAGAUCUGGACAUUUGGAACUUCGGGAGGAUCCUGAUCAAGGAAUAACCGUCGCCGGCCUGAAGCGCAUCCAGGUAAGUUCUGCGGAGAAAAUUCUGGAACUUCUCAAUCAAGGCAACGCCCGACGCAAGACAGAAAGUACCGAUGCCAACGCCACCUCGUCAAGAUCACAUGCCGUCCUGGAAAUCGUUGUCAAGAGGAAGCAACGAAACACAUACCGAGCUCAGGUGCUUCGAGGAAAACUUGCACUGGUGGAUCUAGCUGGCAGUGAAAGAGCUUCAGAAACGAAUAAUGCUGGUCAGAAGUUGAGGGAUGGAGCAAAUAUCAAUCGAUCUUUGCUGGCCUUAGCCAACUGUAUCAACGCCCUUGGAAAGACGCAGAAGAAGGGACUGGCCUAUGUACCAUACCGAAAUAGCAAGUUGACAAGGCUCCUAAAAGAUGGCUUGAGUGGAAAUUCUCGAACAGUUAUGGUAGCAACUGUUUCGUCCGGAGAUGACCAAUACCACCAAACCAUCAACACACUGAAAUACGCUGAUAGAGCGAAGGAGAUCAAGACACAUAUCCAGAUGAAUGUGGGAACGGUCGAUGCCCAUGUUGCAGAUUAUCAAAGAAUGAUUGACAACUUACAGGUGGAGGUGAGUCAGCUGAGGAGGGAACUGGCAGAGAAAGAGACGCAAUUGAGUGCCAGAACAUCAGAAAAAACUGCUGAUGAUGAACUGUCGUGGUUAGAUGUUUUAAGUCACGAUAUCAACGAGAACGUAGAAGAACGCAUCAAUUUGCAGAAAGCUCUUUUUGAGCUUGAAGAUACGAAUCUACACAACAGAGCAGAGCUUCAGCAGCUUGAUGAACUUAUUGCAGAAGGGCAGUGGCCGCAGUCAAUUGGCAAGGAUACAGCGAAACUGGAAGAGCUGAGUAACAGGCGAAAAGUUGUUCUAGAUAAUAUCAGGGACAACGACGAAGCUGGAUCUCAUUACCGACAGGACAUUGAGCAGAACGAAGCGCAGCGCAAACAGUUACAACGAAUGAUUGACGAGGCCAUAAGCAGUGAUCGGAAUAAGACCUUUCUUCGCAUUCUCAGCCAGUAUCGUUUGCUGGGAAUGACAAACAUGGAGCUCCAGUUUCAGAUGGCUGUUAGAGAUCAGAUCAUCCAUGACCAAAGAGAAGCACUGAACAACUUGUGGCUUGUGCUGGAGUGUUCGGGGCUGAAUCGUAACCAGAUCCUGAAAAUCGCUGCCCAGCAAGGAAUCAUGAUAGAGGAGGGGAUCAUGCCGCCUGCAAGAGGCCUAGUACCUGUUAGUCCGGCCCCCACUUUGCAUAAGCAGCAAAACAUGACAACUUCAGGUCCAUUGACGACUACAGGUCCGAGAUACCCCAAUCCCAACCCUGACUUAGCUCUUGCGAAAGAAAACAGGGCUUGGUGCGAUACUAUUGUUCGUAGUGAAAGUGAGUUGCCAGCAGGUUCUCCCAGAACUCCCAAUCGAGAUGGAUGGAGAAAUGUUCGUGCGGUAGAUAACAGUUACGGCAGCAAUAUGCAGGUGUGGAACAACUCAGAAAGGGUAACAAACCCAAGGUCGAAGUUUCAGGAUAGAACAGUUGAUGUUGAUGGGAUCCUAUCAGGCGAUGGUAGUGUUUAUAGUAGUGGAUGCCAUUAUAAUAUUGGAUGCCAUACUCCUGAAAAGCUAAGACGGAUAAAGACUCCAGGAUCAGUCGAUAGCAGAUACUCAGUGCGUGGAAGGCCAACUUCUAUGGGACAAGAUCAAUGCAACGGUUGUAUAGUGACCAGGGGCCGAUCUCCUCCAAUGGUAUUUGGACCACCAGAAGACCUUAGUCCCACAUGGCAGAAAAGGCGUCCGAGGUCCGCGGAAAGUCGCACGCGGCAAAAAUGGGGUGAAGACAGAGGGGAUGAAAGAGAGACUGACAGAGAAGACACAGCGGGUGUCGAUGCUGGUAGUGAACUUAGUGAUACAGAGGAGGAUCCAGACAACCGUGACUGCUGGACCGGUACUACAAGGCCUGACAAAGCCAGCGCCUUAGACAAUGAUAUGCUGCGAAAGGAACUCUCACGCUUGGACAGUGAGCUUCAGGACCUGAAGCGGGGAAUCGAUGUAAGCUCAACUAUGCAGUGGAGUUCCAGCGUUACUAGGAGUUCCGUCAGUCCAACAGAGGCGGAUAUUGCGCACAACAGAAGGCUCUCUGUACCUUUAUAUAGCGGUGUGACCAAGAGUCUGGCGCAUUCAACACCUUCUGGGUUCGCUAAUGGUCAUGCAGCGAUCCACAGCAAUGGAGGCAGCAAUGGGCACAUUUAUCAAGCUGCUCCGACGUACCUCACGAGUCCAACCGGAGCUUGGGAUAGACGGAGUUCCUGGGGAAGGAGAGAAUCACUUGAUUCGGGUUUGAACAUGGGGCUUGAUGCGAAUGGGCCUCGUGUCUCUGCAUUUGGUUCAGCAGAACUUCUUGACGGACACCCCAGUUUGGUUCCAAAGAUGAAAGUAAUCAUCGAUAGACGUAAAUCCAAAAUUGAAAAUACCCCAGCUAUGACCAGGCAAAUGUGGCCCAGACACAUCUCUGAGUGGAAAUAGUUUCUCUAUUGACUGUAGAUAGAUAUAAUGUUGCCCAUUUCGGGGUCAAUUUAAGUUUGUUGCUACAACAGAUUUGUCCCUGUAAUCUGUCUGAAGUUAGGCCCGACAGGGUUUACUUAACCCAGCUGGCACUACACCUUGUUCAACCACACCACAGUGACCCCAUCCUAACCCCUCUUUUCCCCCAAAAAACCCUAAGCGAGGACGUGUACUCUUUGUGGUGACCCUCAUUAUUCCCUGAAGCUGAAGUGGUUGUAGGGUGGAUUGUGCCAGAAGACCGGUGGGAUGACAUACUUAACUGUUGAUAUUGAUUAUCUUCGUGAUGCCACUUGAAGUGAUUCAAGGGCACACCCGCUGCUGCUCUUGCUGCCGCCUCACCUCGUGGUACUCAGCAGGCCACUGGACGUGGACUUGAGCAUCGAAAUGGAGGGUGCUUCUCGGGUGUUUCUGAGGUCAUCCAAGUUAGUUUUGCAGACUAGUGUACAUGCUGAACCCCCGAGUUCGAGCUUGCGAAAUGGAGAACCACAAAAAAGUUCAUAUGGUUUUUGGAAGUUGUGAUCGAGUGAGUAUCUUGCAUCUCAUCUGCCAGGAAUUGUGCAUGGUCUAUCUUUUCUCAGAGGCUCCAUCUCGAACGUGACUUGUGAAAAUAUUGAAACCUGACUUGCGGAUUUCAGUACAUAGCGCUGUGCGUGGAUUACCUGUAAAAGUAGAAAUGGCUGUUGCUGCAUUGAUUGAGCAGAGGGCCGGUGAAUAGCAUAUUGUCCGACUGUAAUCCAUUCCAGUUUUGAGGGCCGCGGGUCUUUUGAUGUCAGGACGUCACGAAGGUGACUUGGGAGCUGUUGUGUCUGUCUGUCACGACUACGAGAUUCUGAUGUACCAAUUUUUGAUAUCCAGUGAAUUCAACUUGCCGUUUCAUUCUCUUUGCCUUGG